CGGGAGAGUUAAUUUUGGCAGGAAGAAGUAGCAGCACUCCGCCAACACCACUAUGUCCACUCUAAUCGAAUCAGAGAGCUCAAGCUCCACCGUCAAUUUCGCCGACCACUUACCUCUUCAACUCAUCCAAUCGGAGACAAUCCCUCCGGCUCCGACCCGCUCCGAAUCCGCCAUAGAUUGGUUGCCGGACUUCGCCGGCUACUCAUGGAUCGCCUACGCAGCCUCCUCUCUCCUCGUGAUCUCUCACUUCCCGUCCCCACUGUCCGAAGAAGAAGCCCUAAUCGGUCCCAUUUUUCGCCAAGUCAUCGAACUCUCCUCCGACGGUACGGAUGCCGUAUCGGCAGUUGCUUGGUCCCCUGCCACACCCUCGCUCGGAGAUCUUGCUGCCGCAUUGGAUAACUGCAUCGGCUUGUUUUCGCAUAACUCUGCAACUUCAAGUGGUUCUUUUUGUUGGAGCCAGGCUGCAGUGCUUGUGCAAUCUACCAAGGUAGAAGCCAUCAAGUGGACAGGAUCAGGGGAUGGGAUAGUAUCGGGCGGCAUUGAUGUUGUUUUGUGGAGGAAUAAAGGCAGGUCCUGGGAAAUAGCAUGGAAAUUUAAAACAGAACUGCCUCAAACUCUGGUUUCUGCUACCUGGUCCAUCGAAGAACCUUCAGCAACAGCACCUCUUGGUAAACUGCAUGGUGAAGGACCAUCUUCACUGAUCAGAGAGGCAACCAAAUGCGUGUUUGUGUGUUAUAGUGAUAGAAAUUCCAUAUAUGUGAAAGCUGAGCUACACCAUCCUCUGCCUGUUUCUAUGAUUCAGUGGAGGCCAUCAACAAGAAGACAAUCAAAGAAGGAUGAUAGACAUUCACUUAGGCAUGUGUUAUUGACGUGCUGCUUAGAUGGAACUGUAAGGUUAUGGAGUGAGAUUGAUGAUGGCAGGGUUAAAAAAACCAGCAAGGACAUUAAUGAUCAGAAAACAAGGCGGUCUUUCCAUGUUGUUGCUGUAAUUGAGAUAAACCAGGCAUUGAAUGGAAUGCUGGGCUCCGAUAUAUAUGUAAGAUGGGCAAUCGAAAGUGAUGGUCUAAUCAGUACUGGUAAAGGAGAUAUCCAUUAUUUUUCUUCAGAAGGUAAUCACUAUGAUAAGGCUGGCUGGUGCGAGUGGUUAAUUGGGUUUGGUCCUAAAAUGUUUGUGACUUAUUGGGCCAUCCACUGUCUUGAUGAUGUUGCCCCAAUGAGAUUCCCACGAGUGACUUUAUGGAAGAGAGAAGAGCUAAAAGAUUCCGAAGAGGGAAACAGAAGUUUGCUACUUAAUAAAGUUGUUAUCUCAAGGAAUCAAGUCUGCAGUCCACCAACAACAUGCUCUUUAAUUCGGUUAUUGCCUUGUAAUUCCUUUGGUUGGUUACUCUUCUAUACUCAGACAUCAACUGAUUCUGUGGAUGUAUCUUUAAAUAAACCCAGGACGAAUAAUUUAUUGUCAUGUUGUGCUGGUGGAGUACUGAACAUAGACGGCCAUACUGGAAAAAUUUUACAAGUUGCAGUGCAUCCUUAUAUAUGUGAAGCUGGGCUUGUUGUUUCUUUGGAUAGUGAUGGAUUGCUUCUGUUUUGGUCAGUUUCCACCAUUUCCAAUUGCAUCAUGGGCCUGCCAACAUUGAAUCCCUCUUGGAAACUUUCUGGAAAAUUUGUACUUCAGGAUUCUUAUCCUAUAUAUACAAGCAUGAGUUGGGCACCGGCAGUACUAGAUGAAGACCUUGUUCUUCUUAUGGGACAUGCCGGUGGUAUUGAUUGCUUUAUAGUUAAGAUUUCUAAAAGUGAAGAAGAGAAAAUGCUAUGUCACAACUUAUGCACCAUCCCUUUUACAAGUCAUGGUUAUGAAGUUGGGCCUGCCAAUAUCUGUUCACUUCCUUUGCCUUCGACCUGUAACAAAACCUUUGUUUCCAAUAUUUUUUUGCUGCUAGCUGCAUGGAAGAAGGGCUUUCACGCUUUAUCAUGGAAAAUUAUCAUGCAUUCUUAUGAUUUAUCUGGAAGCUGCUGUGGAUGCAAUAUUGACGCUGGAGAUACAGCUGAAAACAGCACAUGGAAAUUUGAAAGUAUUUUUGGUGGUAAGAAAUACUGUGUUGCUAUUGAUCCUUGCUCGUCUGUAUUACCACAUCCACACAACCAUGAUCAGGUUACAUGUUUUGCCAUGAUCUCUCCCAAUAAUUAUAUUCUCUUUGGAGAACAAAAGUGGAUUUCCGUUAAUGCCUCGUCUAGCAACUAUUCUGCAUAUCAAAUGGUCACUGGCUGCACUAAUGGUAGUUUAAAACUAUGGAGAAGUUUGCCAGCAAAACCACCAAGCUCAAACUCACAGUGGGAGCUUGUGGGCAAGCUUGCCGCUCAUCAAGGCCCCAUCAUUGCAAUUUCAUUUUCUGAUUGUGGUCAAAAGAUUGCAACUGUCUGCCCGACAGGUCAUUCAAAAAAAUUUACCACUCUUAAUAUAUGGAACUGUGUGCACCUCACAGUUGCAGGCAGUUUUAUACUAGAAGAUACAUUAUCUCUUGAUGGAGAUUUUAUUACUUUAAAUUGGUUGACUAUGGGGAAUGGUCAGCUGUUACUUGGGGUUUGCUUGCAAAAUGAAUUGAAGGUAUAUGCUCAAAGACGCUGUGGUGGUCAGUCUCUUCUGGAACAUGAACAGGGAAAACUUUCAGAAAGAAAUAUUUGGUUUUGCAUUGCAUUUGCUCAUUCCUACCCUCCCAUCCGUGAUUUCCUUUGGGGCCCUAGAAUGACUGCUGUGGUUGUUUAUGAUGAUUACUUUUGUCUCUUUAGUGAAUGGAUAUUUUUGGGCGAUAAGGAACACCAAACUAACUGCAACUUGAAAAUUAGCAAGGGAAAGCCUCUUGAUUGCAAUGGUGGAUCAGAUAACCAUAUGCUUACUGCAAUUUUCACUGAUUGUGAGAUUUGUGAUCUCAAAAGAUCAUCAACGGAAGACAUUGGUAAACAAUGCUGGUCCAGGCCUCGUAUGAAAAUGAAUAUAAAAAAUGAUAUUCUAUCAAGCAUUUUCAUAGCAAGUGUGCAACAGAAGAAUAAUCUGGCUAUUGCUUCUGGUUUCUGGAGAGUGUCAGACGUACUUGAAAAGUUAUGUGGAGCUCUCCCUGUUUAUCACCCUGAGGCACUCCUGAUGAAUAUUUGUUCAGGCUAUUGGAAACGUGCAUAUGUAGCUCUACAGCAUCUUGUUGAAUAUCUUACUUCUAGUAAUGCUUUUGUAAAAAGAUAUCGCUCUGCAAGUUCUGGCCACAUCAUUUCGCCAGUUCACUUGUCAAAUUAUCUUGAAGGAUUUCUUUCAACAAGUUCAAGUGACAAGGCAUUUCAAUGGGGUGAAGAUGCCUCUUUAAUUUCAUCAUCUUCACAGCUUCAGAAAGGCUCUACUCAUUCUGCAUACAGUUGGGGAUCCGACAAUGCAUUCACUUCAUCUUCAACAAAAUCUGAACUUCAAGACUUUGUUGAACCAAUUGAGAAGUUGUAUGAUUUUGCAGCUAUUACCAACACAGAAAAGAUGCAAGUUCUUGCUGUUAUUGAUCUUCUCCAUGAUAUUAGUAACCCGCACUCCACUUCUGUUUAUGGAAGCCUUGAUGAACCUGGUCGAAGGUUUUGGGUUGCGGUGCGGUUUAAACAGCUAUAUUUUGUCCGGAGAUUUGGUAGAUUAGCAUUUUCAGGAGAGUUGGCUGUUGACUCAGGUCUGGUUGCAUGGGCUUUCCACUCUGAUUGUCAAGAAAAUUUGUUGGGCUCGCUUUUACAUAAUGAAUCAUCUUGGCAAGAAAUGCGGAGCAUAGGCUUUGGGUUUUGGUAUACAAAUGCAACACAAUUGCGCUUAAAGAUGGAGAAGCUGGCAAGACAACAGUAUUUGAAAAAUAAGGAUCCAAAGGCUUGUGCACUUCUGUAUAUAGCGUUGAAUAGGCUUCAAGUUUUGGCUGGUCUCUUUAAAAUUAGCAAAGAUGAAAAGGACAAGCCGCUGGUGGGAUUUCUUUCACGCAAUUUUCAGGAGGAUAAAAAUAAGGCAGCUGCUUUGAAAAAUGCGUUUGUUUUAAUGGGAAGACAUCAACUGGAACUGGCUAUUGCUUUCUUUUUGCUUGGAGGUGAUACUUCUUCUGCUGUAAAUGUUUGUGCAAAAAACCUUGGAGAUGAACAGCUUGCUCUUGUAAUUUGUCGGCUUGUUGAUGGAUAUGGGGGGCCAUUAGAACGUAAUCUUAUAUCAAAGUUCAUGCUUCCAUCUGCAAUUGAAAAAGGCGAUUAUUGGCUCUCAAGCUUUCUGGAGUGGGUAUCAGGGAAUUACUCACAAUCUUUUCUGAACAUGGUUGGUGUCCAAAUGGCUACUGUGGGCAAUAAGUCAGCUCUCCUAUCCGAUCAUGCUUCAUUUUUAGAUCCAAGCAUCGGUGAGUAUUGCCUAAUGUUGGCAACCAAAAAUAGCAUGAAAAUUGCUGUAGGGGAGCAAAAUGCUGCAAUCCUUGGUAGGUGGGCAAUCCUGAUGAGUGCAACUGCCUUAAACAGAUGCGGCAUGCCUCUUGAGGCGUUGGAUUGCCUUUCAUCUCCUCUGAGCAUUUUUGGGGGUUCAGAUCAACACAAUGUAUCAGAGAUUGCAAACCAUGAACUUCUGAAUGAAAUGCUGAAGCCAUGCCCCGAUAGUUCCUCCUCUAAUUGGAUAUCUGCUGAUGUGACUUUUUCUAUGGAGUCAGAUGCUAAACUAGAUUUAGCGAUGAAGUAUGUCUCGAAAUUGUGGAGGGAACAUCCAAGCUGGCCAGACACCAAUAUGGCAUCUACUGGAGCAUGUACAUUCUCUGAGUCUGAGAUUCAUCAGUACAAGAUAUUACUUGAAAAUUUUCAACACAAGCUAACCUCAGGGCUGGCAUUUUUUGAGCAGAAGUUCUCUUUGAUCCCUCUCCAUAUAAUUAACAUGAUAAUAAUUUUCCUGUGCAAUAAUGGGUUAGUGUUUAUUGGAUACCAUACGUUGCAAGAUUAUACCUCACACAAUAAAAGCAACACAUCUGACAGUUCCCUCUUGUAUCCUAUCCUGCACAAGCUACUUCUGAAGACGACUGAAGAAAUUUCAUGUUUAUUUUCAAGAUUUACUAUUGCCUGUAGUAAAACUUGCUCUCAAUUGAAUUCCUAUUCCACUGAGAAUAAUUUGACUGUUGAAAAUAGAUGUGGCUGGUUAACUGCUUGGGGAUUCUACACGCGGGAUCUCAUAUGGUCAUUGUGGAGUUUAAGAGCCACAUUCAAGUUGCUUUCUGUUUCCUGUGCGGAAGAUUUCGUCAAGAUACCCUUUCUUAUUCUUGAUUUAUUUGAAUUUUAUGUUUAUUUUGCAUCAGCUUGGACUCAAAGAAAUUUUAGAGGUCUAAUUCUGAUUGUGAAACCUCUUAUAAUCACAUAUACCAAGGGGCAUGCUUCUUAUGAAAUCAACAUGGAAGAUCUGAAAAAAGUCCUCCACCAAAUUGCCGAGUUGCUCUUUCAUAAUAUAUUGGUUGAUGAUAUUGGAGGUUAUGUUCAGGUCACUAAGCCAACUCAACAUGAACAAGAUGAAGAUAUAAUGUAUUCGGUAACAGAAGCGGAGAGAUGGCAAAUCUUGGAGGCUUCUUUGUGGGGAAAUGUGUCUGGUUUUCUGAAACAUCAUCUGAAUUCAUUGUCUGAAAAACUCAAUGACAGUUAUUCAUUUGGUCCCAAUUGUAGACUUUCCUCAUUACAUAAUUUUGCUACUCCGAAACCUGAAGGCAAUAAUACACAAAAACAUAUGGAAUUGGUUUCAGUUGUUUUGGCCAAGUCACUGAUGACCACUUGUGUGCAUAUUUCUUCUUACCAUGCAAAGCAGCUUGCAUCUUUCCUGCAGCAGAAAGCAGAAAAUGGAUUAAGUACCCCUACUCUAUUAUCGUUAGAAGAAUUCAGUCGAUCCCAACCCAGAGCUCUCCAUAAGCAUGUUAGUGAGGGUAGUGAUAAUCUGCACCAAAUGAACAGUGAAAAUGAAUUGUCAGCAUUAAAAACACUGUGGUAUAUUUGUGCUGAUUCUAAAAUUUUGUGUGGAGGUUUCACAGAAGAAAAUUCUAAGUGGUUACGAUAUAUUAAGCAGAAGCCCUCCAAAGGAUGGAGUGAGAUAUAUACAUGCAUAAUGGGGGAAUGUGAAGCUGAGGAAACUUGUAAUCAAGACGGUAAACAUGGCAAUAUUUUUGCUAGUAAUGGAGCUGGAUCAUCUGUUGGGCAUCUGUCUCCAGAUGAUCAUUCUUUGCUAAGUUCUGUGCGGAAGGAUACACUCCAUUUGAAGGAGGUCAUUCCUUUCCAGAAACCUAAAGAAAUAUGUAAGAGAAAUGGAGAACUUUUGGAGGCAUUGUGUAUCAACUCCAUUGAUCAACAAGAAGUUGCGGUUGCCAGCAACCGAAAGGGGAUAAUAUUCUUUAAUUGGGACGAUGGGCUACCUUUGAGAGAUCAGUCUGAUUAUAUCUUGGCGGAGGCUGAUUGGCCACAGAAUGGGUGGGCUGGGUCAGAAUCUACCCCAGUUCCUACUUGUGUUUCUCCUGGGGUUGGUCUUGGGACCAAGAAAGGGGCACACCUUGGGUUGGGUGGAGCAACUGUAGGUGUAGAUUCAUUGGCAAGACCAGGGAGAGACUUAACCAGUGUUGGAUCAUACGGAGUUCCAGGUUAUGCUGGUAUUGGCACAUCCGGCCUUGGUUGGGGAAUUCAAGAGGACUUUGAGGAGUUUGUUGAUCCACCUGCCACUGUGGAAAAAACUAAUACAAGGGCAUUCUCUAGUCACCCUUCUAGGCCUUUCUUCUUGGUUGGAUCUAGCAACACACACAUAUACUUAUGGGAGUUUGGAAAGAACAAAGCUACUGCAACAUAUGGAGUACUUCCUGCUGCUAAUGUCCCGCCACCAUAUGCGCUUGCAUCAAUAUCAGCUGUGCAGUUUGACCACUAUGGACAGAGAUUCGCGACUGCUGCAUUGGAUGGAACUGUAUGCACAUGGCAGCUUGAGGUAGGAGGAAGGAGCAACAUCCGCCCAACAGAAUCAUCUCUCUGCUUUAACAAUCAUGCAUCGGAUGUCACUUACGUUACUGCAAGUGGAUCAAUCAUUGCUGCUGCUGGUCAUAGCUCCAACGGUGUGAAUGUGGUUAUAUGGGAUAUGCUUGCUCCACCCUCAACCUCUCGAGCUUCCAUCAUGUGUCAUGAAGGUGGUGCCUGCUCUCUUUCUGUGUUUGAUAAUGACAUAGGAAGUGGUUCUAUUUCACCCCUUAUUGUGACUGGCGGAAGAGGUGGUGAUGUCGGAGUUCAUGACUUCCGUUAUAUAGCUACUGGAAGAACAAAGAGGCACAAACAUUCUGAUAGUGGUGAGCAAAACAUCAUUGCAUCAUCAACAGCUGAUUUGCAGAUCAAAAGUGGGAACCAGAAUACAAAUGGGAUGCUUUGGUAUCUACCGAAGGCUCAUUUAGGAGAUGUUACCAAAAUAUCUACCAUCCCAAAUACCAGUUUUUUCUUGACGGGAAGCAAAGAUGGAGAUGUUAAACUUUGGGAUGCCAAGAGAGCCAAGUUAGUGUACCAUUGGUCAAAAUUGCAUGAAAGACACACCUUUAUGCAACCAAGCUCCCGGGGAUUUGGUGGAGUUGUGAGGGCCGCUGUUACGGAUAUUCAAGUUGUUUCCCAUGGUUUUCUUUCAUGUGGGGGAGAUGGUUCUGUAAAGCUGGUUCAGCUUAAAGAUAUCUUGUACAGGGAAUAGGAAUAAAUUUAUACGAGUUCCAUCAGAAUUGCUGGAAAUCUUUCAGCCUAAGCUCAGAAGAUGGGGAACACUGAAUUCUGAGAAACCAUUCUACAACGCAAGGUUGGUGACCAUUCUACAAAUGCAAUGUUGCUGUCUUCUCCCAUGAAUGCUGCAGCAAUCACUCAGUUGUUGACCUGUAUUUUUUUGUUUGAAGCGUGUCACAAGGAGGGAAAUACUAGGUCUUUUUGCAAAUUGCUCCAAGAAGCCAAAACAGAACAAUUAAUCCUGUUCUGUAAAUCAAACAAUUUCUUCCUUGGCCGAAAUUUUCUACCAAGAAAUGAACAAUAUAUACUCAUCCCUCCUACAUUUCCUAUUUUGACCAAGCUGAGCUCGGUGAAAUAUUCUGUCGAAAUCAAUGAUGGCUACUUGUUGUAAGAGAUUUUGAAACGGCUGAUUGACUGGUUUUCAUGGCUGGUGUCAUCUUUUCUAGGAAGUCUUCCUUAAGCAAAAGCUACAACCAGCUGAGAGUUGCUUGGUUACUUUUUGCAGUGGUGUCAACUGCAACUGCAUUUUUCAUACUCGCUCGUGUAAUAUAAAAAGAAAACAAUUGUCAUCUGUCUAUACACAAUUGUUUGUUAAAUAGCUAGAGAAGGGUCUAGUUGAUCUAAAUUCCGAGACUGUAUAGUGUAGUCCAAGCAAUUGGGAUACAAGGCUUUGAUGAUUUAAGUUGGAUGUACAUGUGUAACUUCGUAAAAGUUAUGAUAUAUCAGAAGGUGAUUUUUUUUUUUGUAUC